UGUCAGUGGGUUUUAUCCCGAUUUUUUGUUUAUUUUUAGAAGUGGACCAACAAAUAACCAUGACCUAAAUUCUACAAGACAGAAGUGCACACAAGCACAUUGUUAAAUACCAGAAUCUAUUUGAGUUCAGACAAUUUCAGCAGAACUGUACACAUACAUCUUCUUUAAAAGCAGACUACAAAAAACUAAUUAACAGUAAGGUCUAAUAUUUAAGACAGAUAGUGAAGUCAACCUUUUAACUUCUUUGUCUUCAUGCAGGGAUAAUGUGGAUAUAGCAUUAAGAUUCAGACAUAAAUCUGUCAAAGGCAAAAAAGAGAACACCACUUUUAAAUGAGCAUCAGUUUUAUACUGUCAUUGAAGUGAAGCUGGAAUCUGGAUGGAACAAGCUUCAAACUGGGCAUGUGCGGACCCUGCCAUCUCCUGUAUUUAAAUGGAAGCCACUGCUGCUGCCCUUUGCUAGAGCUGAAGAUGGAGUGAAACAAUCUGAGAAACUGCACUGGAUCUCACAUUAUUCCAGAGAAACUAAUUGCUUUGCCCACACACAAAAAGGUAAAUUGGCUGACUUAAAUUCAGAGGAGAGCUUUUCUCUCUUUGUUUUUGCUUAGAUUUUGUUCACCUGAAUAAUCAGCCCAUUCAAAGGGGGAUCUCUUGUCCCUCUGAGGACCCCAACAGCACCGAAACUGUGGAGUCCUUCAAUGCAUGGAAUGACUCGGAAACCAAUGCGUACGCACUGAUGGACCUGCCUCUUAGAGCCCCAACAAAGAUGACAGUGCAAGAUGUUCCUGGUGCCUUUCCUACCGUGGAUGUCCCAGACCAUGCCCAUUAUACAAUUGGAAUAGUCAUUCUUAUAGUGGGAAUCACAGGAACUCUGGGUAAUUUCCUGGUCAUCUAUGCUUUCUGCAGGAGUAGGAGCCUUCAGACUCCAGCCAACAUACUCAUCAUCAAUCUAGCUAUUAGUGACUUCCUGAUGUCCAUUACGCAGUCUCCAGUUUUUUUCACCAACAGCCUCCACAAACGCUGGAUUUUUGGUGAGAAAGGCUGUGAGCUGUAUGCCUUCUGCGGAGCUCUUUUUGGCAUUACAUCUAUGAUUACUUUGAUGGUGAUUGCCUUGGACAGAUAUUUUGUCAUCACAAAACCUCUGGCUUCUGUUGGAGUGACGUCUAAGAAGAAGGCCCUAAUAAUCCUGGUAGGAGUCUGGCUGUACUCUUUGGCUUGGAGCCUCCCGCCCUUCUUUGGAUGGAGUGCGUAUGUUCCCGAGGGUCUGCUGACUUCCUGUUCCUGGGACUACAUGACUUUCACACCAUCAGUCCGCGCCUACACGAUGCUGCUUUUCUGCUUCGUCUUUUUCAUUCCUUUGCUUGCUAUCAUAUACAGCUAUGUCUUUAUAUUUGACGCUAUCAAGAAGGCCAACAAGUCUAUUCAGAUAUUUGGAUGCAGACGUGGAAAUAAAGAGUUCCAGAAACAGUAUCGGAGGAUGAAAAAUGAGUGGAAGAUGGCCAAAAUUACACUGAUUGUCAUCUUGCUUUAUGUCAUUUCCUGGUCACCAUACUCUGUUGUUGCUCUCGUAGCUUUUGCUGGGUAUUCCCACGUCCUAACACCCUUCAUGAACUCAAUACCAGCUGUGAUUGCCAAAGCUUCUGUCAUUCAUAACCCCAUCAUUUAUGCCAUUACUCACCCCAAAUACAGAACAGCCAUUGCAACAUAUGUUCCUGGCCUUGGAUUCUUGCUGAGAGUUUCUCCUAAAGACUCACGGUCUUUCAGUAACUACCCCUCCUCCAGACGAGUGACUGUAACCAGCCAGUCUUCCGAGACAGCUGUAGAUGCUGAUGACAUAUCCAUGGUGGAAUUGAAUGUCACAGAGUACCCCGCUACACCUACUAGAGGUGAGAGCCUGAACGAUAUUGGACAAAGAAAAGGAAAGUCUCACCACAGACCACCUGCAGCCCAGAUACCCAGCAUUACAACAACACACAGCACUGUCCAAGGAAUACAGCAGCCUUCUGGAUACAACUUUGGUUUUCUGUACCCUAAGAUCAACAGCCGCAAGCAGAACAAGAACUCUAACAGCUAAGUGCGUGGUGCAAGCCAGAAUGUCACCUUCAUCAACACUUCUGGAACAACUAUGGACCAGCUGAAUCUAGAAUACCUUCCUACAUUGUUGUGAAAUGCUCAUACAAAGACACAGCACAAGACAAGCAAGAGUAGUAAGAUUUUCAGCAUCUGAACUCUCUCCAGUGGUUCACUUCUUGAUCUGAGUCACACUGCAAUUUUAUUAUUUCUUCUUUAUGCAGCUCAUGAAACAAUUUCUUUCACUUGGAUUUUAUUCUGCUCAGGUAAAUUCCACCACUGCAUGGAUCUUACCUACAGGCCUCCUAGGAUUAACUUGAGAGGAAAGGGAAGUAUGAGAUUAAAACCCGGCCUUUGUUCACUUAGUGUAGUUUAACUUCAAAGCUAUUAGAGAGCUAAAGCUGAGAGAUUUGGGGGAAAAUGUACAUUAGUUCCUGAAGAUGAUUUCUUCAUUACUGUGAAGUUCUUAAACCAAAUGAAAACUUAACCACACAAUCAGUGCUCCCUUCUCUCAUUAAUGACAUAUUCCCUCAUUUUCUUCUACAAUCCAAUUGAAAGGCAAUGCAGUUGAGCAGUAAUUUGAAGUCUCAGAUCUUUAUCUUAAUUUCUGUGAUUCUAGGGGAAGAGAAGGAAAUAACACUGAGGAUGAGGCUAUGGUCCUUUCCACACUUAGCUUCUUUUUCCAACAGUUGCUUAGGAGACCAGUUUAACCCACUCCUAGCUAACCUCCCCAGAACUAUAGGAAAGUAUUAGGAAACUCCUUCUGACUUUACUUUAGCAGGUUUCAUGAGAAGAAUGCAGAAUUCAAAGCAGUGUUUGUACUGAAAUGUCUUAUGGGUAAGUCAAUACAUUUGCCUUCUGAUACUUCAAAGUGGUUUACCUUUAGAUGUGCUUUUCUGAAGUAAAUCUUGGGAGGACAAAGGUUAGUUCUCAAAAAACAGUUGUUCUCGAGAUGUGUGGAAUCCACAUCAUCUCCACUUUAGCAUUUUAAUUUUUCCCUCCUCCAAACAGCAGCAUUCUUAUAGCUGAGGUUUUUUUCCCACAGUGACUAAAUCAAUGAAAUAGUACUUAUUUCCCCUGAAAGUAAAUGAAAAGAGUUCUAUGAAAUAGUGAUUUUCUACUUUUCUCUGGUGCACCUUCUGGCAUAUGAGAAUAAAUUAACAAAAUUCAUUUGCAAUCCAUAGAAGUCUACAUCAUAAGAAUUAUAAGGUAUAGUCAAUGGGGAUGUAUACCUUUUGAGCCUAAAAGCAAAGGGCACAAAGAGCUACUGAAACAGUUCUUCCCCAUGGGCCCUCUAUUAGUUCUCCCUUUGGUUGCAAUAAUGGAGGGAACCCAGCAAGUAAUUUUAUCCUAAGUAAAUCAGUUCCUCCUUAUGUCACAUCAGAAAAAAGCCAUAAAAUCAAUAAAAAUGUAACCAGCUUAUUCCUCUGAGGGGAAAAAAGUAAUCAACGGGUUCCAGGAGAUUUGGGGCAUUGUUUUGAAGCAAACUUUUGGGAACUGAGUUCAAACUGAGGUUUAUUAACAUGAAAGUUAUUAAAACUAAAAAUGGAGUUGAUAGUGACGUCUGCAGCAGCCAAAUAUUAGAUCAUGAAGAAGUGAGUCAUUCAGCCUGCUAAUAAACUGCCAAAAGAAACAAACUGAUCAAAAUCCAAGAUGCUUUAUGUAAAUAAAAUUGUAGGCAUUAGAGAUGGAAAGGAGCUAUUACAGUUCCUCCCUUCACCUACCACAACCGGAUAUUGUCUCCAGGCAGAGGACAAUAUUAAACUGCUAAUAUAUACAGCUAGCAAUAAGGAAAAAGAAGAGAGAAAACAUACCUUCAAACAGGAAGUAUGUUAAAAGACAUUCAUCAAGUCUAAAGGAAUUGUAUUAUGACUUAUUCCUUUGGCUUUUAAAAUUAUUUAAAAACAUGAAGCAUAUAAUUCUUCCCAUCCUUUGUCAUGAAGGUCAUUCACACUAGUGAAAACUGGGACGAAAUGCUAGUGAAUGCUGCCCAUUUCACAUGGGUCACAAAAGGCUGAACUUGUCCAGAAUAUAGGUCAAAACUCACCCAUGCUGCUAUUUCAUGUGUUAAUAAGAAGUGCAUGGUAUGUGUCAGUAAGAGCGAGACCAUUUGCUCCUGUCAUGAUUUUGUUCCCAAGUAGUAUUCUUGAAGACUAUACUCUGCACAUUUCUGCAUUCCCUUCCACUUUUAGAGUGUAUAAAAAGAAUACUUCCAUGGCUAGAAAAGCUUUACAAAUCCACAGCACGUUGUUCUUUAUAUCCUUCAACACCAACAUGUACUAGAGAUUAGUUUGUAUCUAUAAAAAGAGCUACAGCUGUUUGUGCUCAUCUACUUACAAGAGGCUUGAAAAGCAUAUAUUAAUUAGGGAGAAUUUGUUUGGUACCACUUCAAAACUCUUGUGUGUACUCCCUGUGUAACUAACAGCUUUGCAUUCCCUUAAUCUCUACUGAGACUAUAAAAGUCAUCCCGGGGAAAGCCUACAAAAUUCAUUUCACCUGAAUAUAUCUCCAAGUGAUUCACACUGUAACCCCUGUGGCAUUUGGAAUAAAUCAUUAUUAGUUCAUAUUUCAUCUCAUCUUAGCAGCUUUAUUUGUGUCCUGUAUUUUCUACUUGGCAGCCAUUCUUUCCGCUUUGCUGGCUCUUUACACCCUUUAACGCAGAUGACUGAUUAGAUUAAAAUAAUUUAGGACUGAGAUGAUUCAUGUUCCAGUUAAAGUCAACUGUACAGCCUGUUCUGCACCGAAGAGACCGACUGCAGUUUUCCAUGCACCUGGGUAUGUUCCAGUGACUUGGAGGUGUGAAAGAACUAGGGCAAAAUUGAGGCACUUCCCUUUGGCCUUUUGUAGUACAGCAGCUGUUUAUAGAGCAGCCUGCUGGCAAAGACAAUAGCAAGCAGUGUUGUGAGUUAACAGACAAACUCUUCACCUCUACAGGCUCAAGCUCAAAUUCAGACUUGCGUCACAAGUGAAAAUGUUUGGUCUGACCAUUCAAGCAAUUCUGCAAAACUGCUGAGCAACUGGUCACUACUGGUGGUCCUGCAAAGAAGGUGCCAAGAGCCAGUGUAAUCAAAGGCUGUCGCAAUUCAGGAUUGAAGUACUGCAUAAGGCAGCAGUCAGAAUUUGUCAAUUUUUCAAAUUUUCACAUAUUGCCAGGGAUCUUAGUCCCUGUGUUUUGCAGGUUACCAUCUCAUUUUGGAAACCGUUUUGCAUCCGCCGCUUGACUAAAAAGUGUCAUUGUAGCAUGUGACAUUGAGUAAAGUUUCACACAUUCUCAGGUAAGACAUAGUAGCAAUUUCUCUUGAAGUCAUAUGCAAAACCAACAGCAUGCUUGACAUUCAGAAAAAAACAAAGGCACAUCCAAUGCUUCUUGGGUGUUUCUAAAGCUCUUUAGGACACAACAUGGGUAAGUCACAUGUGUUCAUGUUUUCUCAGUGUGACUGGCAUAAUUUUUUACUUAGGCCAUUCCAAGAAGUGCUGCAACAUGGCCCUCUUUCUCUGAUCUCUCAGUGAAAGAUACUACCAUCUCAGUAACUGACAGGGCAUCUGUCUGUCUGUGCUUCUGAAGCCACUAUUUCCACAGGGCUCUAUUGAGACAGGGUCCUUAUACGCAAAGCAAUGUUAGCAUCAGACUGGUAUUUCACUGGCUGAGCAACUGUUAUCACACUUCAAACACUUGUGCUUGUAGCCUUGCAGUUAAUGUCACAGGAAUGUGAAGAGUCCCAUAAAUAGGUUUAUAUAAAAUCAGUAUUAAAAUAAAGAAAUAAAUGAAUAGUACUGUAUUUCCUAGCAACCCUAGACAUGGGCCACAAUCUCAUACACUAAACGUUUCCUGUAGAACAAAAAGACUACUAUACCUUUCUUACCCCAUCAAAUUUAUAACCUAAAUGCUGAUUUUUCAAACUCAUUAAAAGUUCAGUUGUCAAGAUUUAGGUUGCCCUAUUUACAUAACUUCUAAGGAUAGUAGACUGAGUAGAUCAUCAGUGUAAGCUUAAUAAAGCCAGAAAAGCUUCUCUAGAGCAAAUCUAGCCUUAUCAGUCUAAUACAAAGCACAAACAUUAGUAAGAAGA